AUGGCUUCACUUCCGCUUCCCCAUGUUGAGUCCCUGUCGGAGUGUACCUCCUUCAAACUCACUGUGCUCCCUUACCUAGCACAGCUGCAGUAUCUCCCCGCCAGCUUGCGCGAAGCUGGUCGCGACCUGGAGCGCUUGAAUGCCGUCUAUCUUGCGACGAACCCUUUGAUAUCCGCCGUCGCGCUUGGGAGUGUUCUGGCUGCGAUUUUCUUCUUGGCUGCUGAGAUUAACCGCAACUAUUCGCAAGUCGACCGCUUUUGGAGUAUCUUGCCCGCUGUGUACAACGUGCACUUCGCCGCUUGGGCCCGUUUGGCCGGGAUCCGUACUCAGACUUUGGACACCAUUGCCGUCAUCAGUGUAAUCUGGAGUGCUCGUCUGACCUUUAACUAUUGGCGCAAAGGCGGCUACCAAAUCGGCUCCGAAGAUUACCGCUGGCAAAUCGUGCGCAGCAAAGUUAACAACGUCUUCAUGUUUACCAUCUUCAACUUUCUGUUCAUCGCCGUCGCCCAGUCGAUCCUGCUCCUCCUCAUCACCUGCCCCAGCUAUGUUUUCGUGAACAUCGCGAACAGCCAGGGCGCCGAGACCUUUGGCUUGCCGGAUUUGGCCUUCUCCCGCGCUGCGUUCUUCUUCAUCAUCAUCGAGACCUUUGCUGACCAGCAGCAAUGGAACUUCCAAACCGCCAAACAGGAGUACCAGAAGAACGCACGCAUCGCUGGCUCCAACAAAGAUCAAUACUCCCCCGAGGAUCUGGAGCGUGGCUUCGUUGUCAGUGGCCUGUGGUCGUGGUCGCGCCACCCAAACUUUGCCGCUGAGCAGGCUGUUUGGCUGACCAUGUAUCUUUGGGUCUGCUUCCGUACCGAGACCUACUUUCAGUGGACUGGACUCGGUAUCCUUGGAUACAUGAUGAUCUUCCAGGGCAGCGCCCCUUUGACCGAGGGAAUCACUGCCAGCAAGUAUCCUGAAUAUGUCGAGUACCAGGCUCGCGUUGGCAGGUUCCUUCCCCGCCUGUCUGCCGAGGCCCCGAUCCCGGCGAAGAUCAAGAAGGGCAGGAAAGCGGCUCCGUCUGAGGUCGAGGACAAAAAGAGCAACUAA